GGCUUCCGCAGUAGUGGCAUUCGUGGACCCCACCAAAACUCCCUUGGAGCUCUGACGUUGCCACCUUUCCACCAUAACACAGCGAGGAAUAGACAAAAUGCGUGUACCUUUGAUCAGACUUCAGUGCGGUGUAAACAGCUACGAUUGGGGAAAGGUCGGCAAGGACUCUGCUGCCGCCAAAUUCCACGCUGCUACGGCCUCAGAAGACUUCUCUAUCCAAGAGGACAAGCCCUAUGCUGAGCUAUGGAUGGGCACCCACCCCUCCCUUCCUUCGAAGGAUCUCGAGACCCAGCGCUCGCUCCUUGACCUCGUCCAGGAGAACCAAGCUCUCCUUUCCACCGACAUAGCAGAGCGCUACGAGAACAAGCUGCCCUUCCUGUUCAAGGUUCUCUCGAUCGGCAAGGCGCUGAGCAUCCAGGCCCACCCAAACAAGAAGCUUGCGGAGCAAUUGCACAAGAGGGACCCCAAGAACUACCCAGAUGAUAACCAUAAGCCUGAGAUGACCAUCGCCGUCACGCCCUUCGAUGGACUCUGCGGCUUCCGACCCCUCGCCGAGAUUGCGCAUUUCCUCCAGACCAUCCCAUCGCUGCGGAGACUCGUUGGUGAGGAGGAGGCUAAGAAUUUCGAAGAAACGAUCAAGGGCAAGGAGACAUCUGACAAGGGGGAAGACGUCAAGGCCAACAAGAAGGCUUUGCAGUCGGCGUUUACGAAGGUCAUGAACACAGACCAUGACGCUCUUGUCUCUGCAGCUAAGGAGCUCAUUUCUGCUGCCAAUUCGGAGGGCUCGUCCUUUGCUGGCAAUGGCGGCCCUUCGAACGACGGCCAGGAGCUUGCUGACCUUGUUGUUCGCCUGGACUCGCAGUUUCCUGGAGAUAUCGGCCUGUUUGUCCAAUUCUUCCUCAACUAUGUCAAGCUUGAGGUAGGCGAAGCCAUGUUCCUCAAGGCUGACGACAUCCACGCCUACCUCUCCGGAGACAUCAUCGAGUGCAUGGCCUCGUCCGACAAUGUCGUGCGCGCCGGCUUCACACCCAAGUUCAAGGACGUCGAGACCCUCACCACGAUGCUGACGUAUUCGUACGCGCCCAUCAGCGAACAGAAGAUGGACCCGACAGACUACGCCUACGCAAAACUCAAUGCUGCUGCAUACUCGUCGAACUCGUCGAACACUCUGUACGACCCACCGAUUCCAGAAUUCGCGGUCGUCAGGACAGCGUUGAAGAAGAGCGGCGCAAAGACCACGUUCGACCCAAUUGAUGGCCCCAGCAUCGUGCUGUGCACCAAGGGCAAGGGCACGAUUAGCGUGGGACCCAAGAAGGAGGAGCUGAAGGAGGGGUAUGUCUUCUUUGUCGGCGCGACCGCCGAGGUCGUCAUUGAGAGUGAGACAGACGACGCGGAAGGCUUGGUGACGUUCAAGGCUUUCUGCCAGCUUGAUGAGGCAAAGCAGAAGCUGUAGGAGAGCUGCAUAGCGUCACAUUCUAGCUUGAUGACUUAGCGUGCUGAAAGCUCCCAACUCGACUUAGUGAGAAUCCAUAGCAUAUCACGAAUGAUGAGAAAUGCAUGACCCUCAGA